AACUUCUUCACGAGUAUGAAAUCAUGACAAUUCAUGUUACGGUACAACAGAUAGAUGCGUACAGGUCAAUAUUACGAAUCAUUGAACGAGAAGUACAAUACGUGACCCAAAAAACAACCGAAACGCCAACGGCAUGAUAGUACCAACUCUUCCAUCGAUCAUCCUUGCGAGCCCCGCAAUCGGACUACCCGAUGCUGCUGGCCUACACUCCGGAUUUCUCGCGGCUGCCUCACACGCCCAGCCCUCGUUCUCUGCCACCACCGAUCUCCUCCGCAGCCAGCACGCAGGCGACCUGGGAAUGGGAACAAACGCGGACCUGGAUAUGAAUCUUUCUACCGCAAUCUCUACGAUUGCCCUCGUGACGGCAUCCGACAUGAUCCCCUUUGUGCCGUGCCAGCCACUGGCAGUCUCGUUGGGUGCAGCAUACGGACCAACUGCCUUUCCGGUGUGCGUGAUCGGGCAGACCCUGGCGGGGGUCCUCGCCUUUUCAUCCUCGCGAAAGCUCUCCGACCCGGAACGGAUCCGGGGGCUCCUCGAUUCCCUUGGCGACGAGGGGAACCAAAACUUCAAGGAAUUCCGAGCCCUUCUUCCCGACAACAAAAACAACAAGAGGGACGCCAGCGAUGCCGAAUCCCUCGAAAUCGAUGAUCGCAGCACGCCCUAUUCUUCGGGGUACGACGAGCGUACCAUCUUUUUGGCCCUGGUUGGAUUGCGGCUGGCCCCAUUUUUUCCCUUCUCGGCCGGAAACUACCUUCUGGGGGGAGCCACCAACGUGGGUUUGAGACCGUUCAUUCUCGCUACCUUUCUGGGGUGCUUUGUGAGCAAUUUGGCGAGCGUCGGGGUGGGAAUGGGCGGAGCCGAGUUGUGGUUCCAGCAGCAGCACCAGGAACUACCAUCAUUCAUGCGGAAUGUUGCUAAUUUGUUCUGAUUUGGUACUGCAACAAAAUCUCGAUUGGAACAAGAGUGGCAUAAUUUUUGGAGACCGAAACGAGAGGAUGAUUAUAGACGAGACUGCAAACACCCCUCCCUUCGUUCAGUCUUGGGUAUCAAUAUCAUUCCUUUGGAAUCGUGACGUUGCUGCAUGUUGAAUUGUAUCUUCCAUUGCCCCCCCAAAAAAAAUCAAAUCUGUGAAAAGACACACAUAGAGCAGUGCAAUCUUCACAAAUUUCAGUAUGCAAUGAUUUACCCCUUGCCGCAAAGAAGGGUCAGAAGCGAUGCUAUAUUAUCACAGGUUACAACAGCAACAAGAACGGUGUAUGAAACAAACGUUGUUGUAUCUUUUAUUGCAAGUCCAAGUAUCCCAAGACUAUUUUUUAGAGAUACGGAGAAAGCAAUCGAAGUCGUUUCCCAUCAAAUUAUCGCAUGAUUGCUACCGGAGCAUGCUACAAGAAUGGUUCUACGUCAUAUACGACAAUGCAGCGGCAACAAGAACAUUACAUGAAGGAACUGGUACAUUCAUAUCAAGUAAAGCACCGAAAUUGUA